CUCCUCUCUCUCCUCCCUCUCUCGCUCUACUACUUAAUUGCGCAUGUACAAGCACGCGAUGUUUAUGAAUUCUUUUUUUUUGUCGUGUGUUUAGUGAGAUGGUUGACUCUUGGGUAAAAGUGAAUUGGAUGAUUUGAUUCUUGCGCGGUUGCUUAUCGUUUCGUUGUGAAAUUGCUGAAAUUGUUCGCCGAUUGGUUUGGUGCUGCUUUGAACUACUUUGUGAGUGACAUGAUUCUGGUGUAUUUUGCUUAUUUCCCCCUAAUUCAUUUUCUUGAGAUGCAUCACUGAGAAGCGAGCUCCUUUUAAUCUGUAAUAUGAUUCACUUUUUUGUGUGAAGAAGCUAAGGAAUGAUUUUGAGGUGAAUUCAUGUUUCUAUGGCAUAGUGAAGUGAGCAGCUGAUAAUCUGGUUGCCCUUGUUCAAUGGAAAAACAGAAAUUGUGAAGUGCUGUGUAUAUAUAUACUAUUUUGAUUGAUGAGAUUUUUAUAGAAUACAAUCCUUUCUGAUAUCAAGAUGAAGGGGGAUUUUCUUAUCUUGAUCGUGGAAAUGCAAAGCUUGAAACAGUUGUAAUACUAUAGAUUUUGGGGAAAUUUGAGUAAACAAUGAUAAUUUUUCGAGCGUUUGUAAAUGAUUGUGUUUUGUGAGUGCUUGGUGGAGGCUGAUGUACUCUCGGGUCUGGUUUUGUUUUAUUACGACUAUGUGCAAUCACUAGAGUCUAAAUUUUUUUGCCUACAUCUGCUGAUUUUCAACCCAGAAAUCUAUAGCUGUGUUUUAACCUUCUUAGGAAGAGUUUUGGACUUGAAGCAUCAUGCUUACGGGAACUUAAUUUUUCGGUCUCCAGAACUCAUGGUGGAAGGCAAGAGUUCAGGACAAAAUACACUUAUGAUGGAGGAGAUUCAGUUGUAUACCAACUGGGAUGAUGUGAUGUGUUCCAUAUGCUUGGACUUCCCUCACAAUGCUGUUCUUCUCCAAUGCGCAUCAUAUGAAAAAGGAUGUCGUUCCUUCGUAUGCGAUACGGAUCAUUUGCAUUCCAAUUGUCUGUACCGCUUCAAACAAGCAAACGGGGUGUCACCGGAAGGCAAGUCUCCAAGUACUGCUGAAAAUAUACUGUGUGCGGGUUCAGAAUCCGACAGCAAACCAGCUUGUCCUUUGUGCAGAGGAGAAGUUACUGGAUGGGUAGUCGUCAAUAAGGCUCGUAAGUAUUUGGAUGAGAAGAAACGUUGCUGUGAAGAGCAAAAAUGUCGAUUUUCGGGUACUUAUUCUGAGCUCCAAAAGCAUGCACAGGUGGAACAUCCUCAUGGCUGCCCUUCAAAAAUAGAUCCUGCACGGCAGCUUGAUUGGGACAAUUUUCAGCAGUCUGCUGAGAUCAUAGAUGUGUUAAGUACUAUCCAUUCGGAAGUUCCGCGUGGAGUGGUUCUUGGUGAUUAUGUUAUCGAGUAUGGAGAUGAUAACUCUGAUGAUUAUGAUGACUUCCCUAGAAAUGAUGGAAACUGGUGGACAUCUUGUAUUCUGUAUCAUGUUUUUGAUAAGUUUAGGGCAUCUAGAAACCGAAGAAGAUCAAGAGUCAGUGAUGCUAGAAGAGGAAACCUCCGUCUGAGUUUUGAUACUUCAAACUCUGAUGUGGGUUCUGUGUCAUCUGCGGAAUAUGCAGAUUACAGAGCUGACGAGACUGAUGACGAAUAUGUGAAUGCAAGGGCAUUAUCCAGACGAAGAGUUGCAGAACAUAGCUCUCGAAGACGUCGUUCCCGCUUCUUUCACAACUAGGAAUAGAGUUCAUCAUAGGUGUGGAACGGAAAAGUCAAAAAGCUUACAGAUCUCAGUCGGGCUGUAGGCAAAUAGUAGAUGCCAAAGUCGCAUUGGCAGAGUUGAUGAUGUAAAACUCUCAGGUUGGCAUGAUCAACAUAUCAGAUUGAUGUUCCUCUUAGGUCACUUGUUUCUUAUACUUGGAUUGCAGGAGGAGUUUCUCGUUGUAGAACUUUAACGUGCUCCGUUUUCUAAUAAUUGUUUAAUUCUACCCCUUGUUAAUAUUUCUUACCAGACUUCCAUAGCUUCUUAGAUGACUGUAUGUCUGAAUUCCACUACUGCUAGAAUCUCUCUGUCAAUUGGAACAAUGUUUAUAAGUGGUAUCAUUUCAUUUCAUCA